CAAUUUACUAACCGACCGAUAUCGGCCCUCCCGUCUUUGUGUUCAUUGCCACUGCCACCGUAAUGUUACGUACGUGACAUGACACAGGCGGGAGGGAGGGAGAGAGCGAGAGUGGGGUAAAAGGUACUUGUCCGCGGCUUAUUACAGCUGUUUUGUAGUCAUUUAUCAGAGCUUUUUUGUUGUUGUUGCUCGUAACAUCGUUUGGAGCGGAUGGGACAUUGGUGACUUCCUCGUUGCAUCACGAGUUGAGUGUCUGGAUGGUUCGUUGAGAACAUCACGUUAUCUUUGCCCAACUCCCAGCUGUAUUCUGGAGUUGUGUUCUUUAAGAACAUCUGAUCUCUAGUAGGAAUAGGUAUGAACGUUCGACUUACAUGAUACGUUUUCACGUAGUAACGAUCACCACUGAUUUGCCUAGUGCAACGAGUACAAUCAACAAACGGUUGCCAUUCGCCUUCUAUUGACCUACACACACACACACCCCUUCCAAGGUUCAAGGCAGUUCACAUCAUCACAAGACCUUUUAGAACCGUCCCCCAUCCAUUUCCCAAUUAUCCAAACACCCACUUUGAACGUGCAAUUAUCGGGCGCAUGCAAAUUUCGUAUCAUAAUUGUGUCGCUUGAUUGGACAUUUUGUGCAUUGCAUUCAAUCGGUGGCUUCUUCAAUCGUCGGGCCUCCAGAUCUUUCCCCAUCCGCCCCACAACCCAUAGACAAGGUUGCUGUUGUUGUUGUUGUUGCAGCACCCUGGGUUAGGUAUCAUACAGAGGAGUGAAGAAAACAGCCAAUCCCCAAGAUCGGGGGGCCACAUUUUCAAACGGGAGCUAAUUGGUAAGAUGGGCAACACACUGUGCAAAGAGCCACGGUCAGGCUCGUCCCCCGGCACGGGCAGUGCAUUCAGCAACUUCAGCAGCGUGAUCUGCCCAAACGGACUCGGCAAGGGCAAAACGCAUCCGAUGCGCAAAACGUACUUCACGCGCGGCGCUGUUGAUGCGUCGAAGAAAACGACCUCCGCCACCGGUUGGCAGAGCGUGGGACUGUUCGUACCGGACGGUUCCGGCCGUCAGUCAGCGAAAGUAAUCGACACACCGCCGGUAGCACCGCCGCGCAAGAAACGUGGCGCCACGCUGGACGGACGCUACCGCUCGGACGAGGCGCUGAAGGUGAAGAACGGAUUUCAGGACGUUUUCGGGCGCGAAAGCCGUCGGCACUCGUGCGACAUUUCGUCCGUAACGCGGCCGGCCAGUGUACCGCCGCCCCGGCCCGACGAUGUGGCGGCCCUGCCAGCCCGACAAACGUCCUGCUUCGAGAUAGACGCCAGCAACGAUGCGUUUAGCGACUUUUCCAAGGUUCCCACGACGGCGGAGCUGGAGCGUACGCCCUCCACCUCACAGAUACCGCGCGUGGGCAAUCGAAAGUCGGACAAGUUCUUUGGCGAGCGGCUGGCCGACUCGCUAUCGCUCGAGCAGGAGGGUCAGCUGGGCGCGGAAGUGCGAAAGCAGCCAAGAAGGGAAAAAUCCUCCGCCUCGAGCUUGGUGCGGGAUGAUGUAGAUAAGAUCGAGAAGUUUGUCGAAAGCACGGAGACUUCGGCGGAGGUAAAACAGAAACCCGAAAAGAAGCCCGCCGCAAGCGACGAACCUGCCGCUGCCUCCGAAAAGCCCGAAGGUGAGGAAGAUCUAAUGAAGUACAUCGAUCGUACGGUGUCCAAGGACAAUCAAAUCGGUCGGCGGGCCGAGUUUCUGAUGGCCAUGCUGGAGGACUACAACGAUAGCGUGCGGUACGAGGGUAUGGAACCGGUCGAGGAGCCGCUGAUCGUGCCGAAGCGCCGCAAGAGCAAGCACAUCUGCGACGAUCACGAUCACCUGCACGACAAGCUGCACGCGCACGAGCGGGACGCAUCGGCCAGCGGUGUCGUGCGGACGGAAGUGUCCAUCGAGCAGGCGCCGCGCAAACCGAGCCGUGAUUUCUCCCGCUACAAACCGAUCGAUGCGGCGGAACCACACGGCUCCUCGGACGGAUCGGACGGCGAGCAGGGCAGUGUGGUGCGACCGGCCCGAACCAAGCAAAAGCAGGGAGUAGGAAAGCAGCGUGAAAGUGCCCCUCGUGCAGCACCACCACAAACACCACCGCCACCAGCGCCGCCCCGAUUCCAGAAGAGCCACUCGGAGACACAGUUUACCAACGCCGCCUCCUCCUCCUCCUCGACACAGCUGGCGCAACCGGCGCAAGAUGACGUGGAACCCAAGGCGCACACACCGCGCAUGCUGAAGCGCAUCAUCUCCAUGCCGGCUACCGAGCAUCUGGACAAGGUGCCAUCCCGUCCGGACACGCCGCAACGUCCCACCCUGACGAAAAGCUCCAGCUCUGGCUCGUUCUCCGUCGUGGACCUGCAGCGUACGCGCAUCAGCGUGGAACGGUUCACGCCGGAAGAUUUCGUGCACCGGGCCGGUGCGGACGAGCUGGUCAAACCAAAGUCGAAGCUAACGACGCGCAAGAUUUCGUGGAAGUCGAAUGAACCGCCGACACCGGUAGCCACCGAUGGCCCUGCCGGUGCCAGCUUCACGAUCGGUGGCACCACCGUGGUCACGACGUCCGCUCCCCCGGAGGUACCGGCCCGCCAUCGCUCGGACGCAUCCCGGACGGAACCGGAACCGGCAGCGCCAGCCAAAUCCGCCCCAUCGUCUGCCGCCUCCUUCCUGGUGGACGACGUGCAGGACAGCAGCCUGCGCCAGUUCUGUCUCGGUUCGUUCCUCGAGUCGAGCCGGGUGUUGCCCCAUCACGACGUGGUCAACGUGCUGGACUGCGUGUACAGCGCCACCGACAACAAGGAAAACAUUCUCGAACAGUUUCAAACCUUCCUGGAGGAGGCACUGACGGCCGAGCUGGACGCGCCCAAUCCGACCAACCCGAACGUGCGCAAGCUGCGCGAGAAGCUGUCCCAGGCGCAAGAAGCUGCGGACGGCGAUAGCCAGCUGGAAAACGAAAGCAUCAAGCUAGCCGGAUCCAGCCACACAUCCUCCUCCUCCUCGGAAAUGGACGACUGUUUCGAUCCGGAGUUUGAGAAGAUCGAAAAGUCGGAAGUGGUCGGCGAGCUGCCAAAGAUAGAGCACGGCCCGAGGCACGGCAAACGUCGCGAUAGCAUUGAGUACAUGAGAGAUUGGUUCGGAGGCGAGUCGGACGGUUCCACGACGAUGCUGUCCUCGAUUGGAGCGGAUGAGGCGAAGGUAAGCGUACCGAUACCAGCGCCCGCAGGCAGUGGGCGCAGGGAAAGCAUCGACGAUGUGGGCGGCUGGUUCGCUAAUCACAACGCGCUGCGUCCCUCGUUUGGGGAAGAGUUUGAGGAACCGAGCCGCCGGUUACGGCGUGGAUCGGAUGGGUUCCUCGGUUACGAUCUGCAGCGCCAGUAUCCGUUCGGCAAGGGGCGCGAACGCUCCGAUUCACUUUCCGCCGAAAUGUUUGAGGACAUCACGAAGCUGCACGAGCAACGAUCCGACCAGCAGCAGGAGCCAGCACGGCCCGUUCCGCAACAUCCGCAGCGGAAGAAGAUGCUCCAGCAUCGGAACAGCUCCGAUGCGCUGCUGAUGAAAGUACUAACACGCUCGAACCGAACACAGCAGCAUACUAGCAGCGAUGAGGUAAAGCAAAACACGCCAACUGAGAAGGGCGAUGAAAACGAUCCACUGCUGAACGAAGAUAACACACAGCACCAAAACGCCGUUUCCGAAAGCAUGCCGGGACAGGUUGCAGCUGAAGCAACGAAACGGGACGUACUGUCGAAGGAAACACCAGCCGUAAGCACGGACGCUGAGCAUGGUGAACAUUCCACGUUGCUGAAGUUCCUAUCGAAGGAAAAACUGAUCGAGUGAAACAAACAAAAAAAUGUCUGGCUCGUCUGACACACGAGUUCGAAAUUAGUCAGUAUUACUAUUUGUUACCGCACCGCAGCCAAGAGUGAGAAUGGCCUGUGGCAUCAUUCUCGGAGCGAGAUGUUACACGCUUGAUGCACUGCAAACUGUUCAAUAAUACGUUCUUCUUGCCUUACUUUAGUGAUAGAAUAAAUGAAGUUGCAAAAUAGA